AGAGAGAGGCCGUCGGGUACAGAUCAGAGGUUACCACAGGACACUGCUGCUCCACUGCUGGACUCAACAACAAGAAACAAGCCGCGUUCAGACCCCGACUAACCCGGGAUAUCUCCACAUCCACCAGCCUUACCCGCGGAUAUCCACCUCCUCUGGACCAAAUCCAUCUGUGACAGCGUCUGUCAGCGGUUUUAUUUCUGCCCUUUUGUCGUCUCUGUGAUCCGGAGCGCGUUCCUCUCCGCGGACUGGACCCUACUACUCCACUACAUUCAUUCCAGCAUGCGUGGAUUUAAGGACGAGCAGUACCAGCUGUGACGCCACGCAGGAGAUAGUUCGCUUCCUUGCAGCUCGGAUUAAACAGCGAUAUCACAAUUACAUAAUGGUAUUUUAAGUUGGUGCUAAAAUGCAGCGAGGAACUGCUUCCAUGUGCGACGAAGGGCUCGAAUAAAGCAGAGAGUCGGACGUCAAGGUCGCUAAACUCUUAACAACACAAGUCUGUGGUGGACAAAGAGAUCAAACGCCUCUCCCUCCUCUCGGGGAUGUACGAAAGCGUGGAUGUGGUGGGUUUCAGCCCCAGCCCCAGCAGCCCCAGUCCCGGCGGCUCUUUCCUGAGCAUGGACUACUACCACAGACCCCCAGGGCUCGGCUCAGAGAAGGGACUCCUGCCCGGGGCAGGAGGACUCCAGCGACCGUUCGGAGGGUCCCUCGUCACCGGUAGACACUGGAGUGGAUCGAGCCACUCUAUAGAGACAGAGAGCACCAGCUCAGGAGAAGACCUGCUUGUCCCCAGCCCCCCCUCACCUCCACCUCCACCCCGAGUGUACAAACCGUGCUUCGUAUGUCAGGACAAAUCCUCAGGAUACCACUAUGGAGUCAGCGCCUGUGAGGGCUGCAAGGGUUUCUUUAGGAGAAGCAUCCAGAAGAACAUGGUCUACACAUGCCACAGAGACAAAGUCUGCGUCAUAAACAAGGUGACAAGGAACCGCUGUCAGUCCUGUCGGCUGCAGAAAUGCCUGGAUGUCGGCAUGUCCAAAGAGUUGGUGAGAAACGACAGAACAAAGAAGAAGAAGGAAGAGAAGAGGCAGGGCGAGGCAGAGAUCUACGUCCUGUCUGCGGACACAGAGGAGAUGAUUGAACGAGUCCGAAGAGCUCAUCAGGACACGUUUCCCUCCCUGUGUCAGCUGGGAAAAUACACAACGAGUAACAGCUCGGAGCACCGCGUCCCUCUGGAUGUGAGUCUGUGGGACAAGUUCAGCGAGCUGUCCACUAAGUGCAUCAUAAAAACGGUGGAGUUUGCCAAGCAGCUGCCCGGUUUCACCACGUUAACCAUCGCUGAUCAGAUCACGCUGCUCAAAGCGGCCUGUCUCGACAUUCUGAUUCUCAGGAUUUGCACUCGCUACACUCCAGAUCAGGACACUAUGACCUUCUCUGAUGGCCUGACUCUGAACCGCACUCAGAUGCACAACGCUGGGUUCGGACCUCUCACGGAUCUCGUGUUCUCAUUCGCCAACCAGCUGCUUCCUCUGGAGAUGGACGACGCUGAGACAGGGUUACUCAGCGCCAUCUGUCUGCUCUGUGGAGACCGACAGGAUCUGGAGGAGUCGGACAAGGUUGAAUUUCUUCAGGAGCCGAUUGUUGAAGCCUUAAAGAUCUAUGUGAGGAGGAGGAGGCCAGAGAAACCCUGCAUGUUCCCAAAGAUACUGAUGAAGAUCACUGACCUCAGGAGCAUCAGUGUGAAGGGAGCAGAGCGAGUGAUCACACUGAAGAUGGAGAUCCCCGGCUCCAUGCCGCCGCUCAUCCAGGAGAUGCUGGAGAACUCCGAGGGCUUGGAGGGGCACGGAGCUGCAGGAGGGAAAGGAGGGAAAGAAGGGGGAGGAAAGAGUCGAGGAGGAGACGGAGAAGAGGAUGAAACAGAUCUCAGGAUUAGUGAUCCACCUUUAUCACCAAAAUCAGUCCCCUCACCGAGCCUGAGCCCCGGUUCCUGCUCCCCUUCAUCUGCCUCUGACUCCACCUGAAGCUCCAACAUCUGCAUGUUUUCUACUCACAGUGCCACCCUGUGGUCCUGCAAGGAAACUGCAGACAUUGUAGAGAGAAAAACUGCACCAAUAAGAGACAAUAUGACUUUAUUUACACAAGGAUGAAUGAAGCAAAUAACCAUGCUGUGAGACUGACUACUGCUCAGACAUCAUGGUGUUAAACUUUUAAGGAAACAACACAAGAUCACGUUUUUAAUGCCCAAGAGCCUCAUUAUGUGCGGCAUGUGUGGAUCUAAAGAUGUUUAUGUUGGAACUCCAGACAAUGACACAGCAGGAGAUUUGUCCUUUACUACUGAAGAUACUCUAGUUUUGGAGAGGUGGAGCGUGCACGAGGAGAGGAGGGUGGAUUGUUUCUGCUUUAAUAUCUUUGCAUCUAAAAGCCGCAAUACAAACUCAAGAAAGGAACUAAAAGAAAGGAAAGCAGUAAAACUCUAUGCAAUGUGAGCAGCAGCAGAUAAUGGCCCUGGAUAAUUCACCUACUGUGUUAAAAACUCAGCUCGUCUGGACAAUAAGUGGACUUCUUAUAGGGACUGGCACAUUAAUUUCUGUUAAACAGAUAAAGAGAACUUGUUCAUAACAUGCAGCAUCACCGGGUCAUUUUUAAGAGUGCAUGUGUGAAAUGGGUGCAGGAUGCUUCAGUGAGAAGGAUUCCUCUUAAAGCAAGCAUUUCUUUCUGCAUAAAAGUCCAUGUACAGAAUGCAGAGUCAUUACGUGUAAAUUAUUGUAAAUAUAAAGGAGGUUGUGAGAGGUUUCAGACUCAGACGGGCUGAUAACAGAAGAUAUUUUCCUAAUGUGUAUAUUCUAUAUUUCACCAGUUCAACUGUGAAGAUCUCUGGUUUCUUCUUUGGUCUCUAGCUCGAGGUAAAUGUAUGUCCACGUGUUCCUAUGCACCUUCAUCUUUACGAAAAGGCUGUAUUUGGUUUGUUUUAGAUGCAACUUCAACAAACUGUGAAACCUUUUCUUUAAAGUGAUAAAAUGUUAGCCUGUUGGUGAACACUUUCAACCAAAGCAAGAUAAAAACACUUUCUCCACCCGGUGAUGUCCACAUGUAGAUUAUGUCACGGUUCUAUCUAUGGAGAUGUUAGAUGCUGCCAAAAUGUGUCUCAAAAUGUUCAAACUGACUUCAGUUUUUAUAGGAAGCACCGUUUAAUGUCAAAGUGUGUUUACACGAUCACUGCCUCACUACAGCGUUCUCUGUCAGGUACCAAUCAUUCUCACUGUUGUCCUUUUUAAUGUACAGAGGGUUAAACCCCAUAAAAAUAAAACACAGGGAGUUUAAUAAAGAAGUAUGAUUCUGUCUAUACUCA